CCGCCCGCAGAUAAGACAGCGAGAGGGAAGCUCCCGCCUUGCUUCCUCCUCCGGUCCUCCCUCUCCUCCACGGCCCAAUCCGACUCGCCACCACCCUGGUCGUGCGGAGUCGAGGCGGGGAGAGUCAACUCCACCACCGCCGCAGGAGGAGGAGCGGCGGCACCCUUAUCUACCUAUCUACCUACCUAGCCGCGCGCGGAGUCGGCCCGGCAUGGACUCGGACCACUGGAUCUCGCGCCUCGCCGCCGCCAAGCGCUUCUACGCCGCGCAGCUCGGCCACGCCGAUCGGGGGGCGGGGAUGGACGAGCUGGACAUGGACGAGGAGCCGGCGGCCACGCCCGAGUUCGCCUGCCCAUACUGCUACGAGGACCACGACGUCGCCUCCCUCUGCGCGCACCUCGAGGAGGAGCACCCCUUCGAGCCACACGCCGCGCCUUGCCCUAUCUGCUCUGAUAAGGUUUCUAAAGAUAUGCUUAAUCAUAUUACCAUGCAACAUGGGUACUUAUUCAAGAAUCGCCGGAGAUUGCGCAGAUUCAGUGUUCCAGGCAGCCAGUCCCUCUCUCUGCUGAGCCGAGAUCUACGCGAAGCCCAUUUGCAGGUGCUUCUAGGAGGUGGUGGGCAUAGGUCAAGCACCAACAAUGCCACAAAUAUUUCAGCUGACCCUCUGCUGUCUUCAUUUGGCCUCAGCUUCCCAACAUCAGAUGCAGAGGAAGCAUCAAAAUUGCCUAUUCCCGCUGAUUUAUCAGUGCUAAAAGAGAAACCUGCUCCGUCGUGGCAGUCAAGUAUUGACUCAUCCCUCACGAGGGAAGAACGGGAGCAAAAGCAGAAGCAAGCCAGAGUCAGAGCGAUAUUUGUGCAAGACCUGCUGCUCUCCACUCUAUUUAGAGACUGCUAAAUCAAGACGAGCCGAUGCUAUCGGUAGACGGGUGCUCGUUGGUGCAGACUUCCGAAGACGAGUGCCCCCAAACCAUGGCGCUGAGUGCAAUAUCCAUGGAAUAUAGUCAUGCUCCUGGAGUCUCCUGGCCCUCGGUUUGCCUGCAGAGUGCAGAGUUGAUGUGGGCAUUAGGCGUUAAGUUAUUGUAGCCGGUCUGUACCUUGAGUUCCAUCUCAGUUCACGAUCCACGUACAGUAUCGGUGCUGAUUGUUGUGAUGUUUGUACUGCUACCGCUUGUUUGUUUCGAAGCAUUGGUUUGUUGUACUAGUUACAUAAUAAUAAUGAUUUCAUUGCAACAGCGCAAGGCUAUGCAGUUUA